GAGGAGCUCGGUGGUGUUUUAGUGGGAGUGCAGCGUCAACAGCGGUGGAAAAAUUGGAUCGUAAUAACACUCCGCCUUCAGCCCGAUGGAAGCGGCCAUCAACCCGCCUCACGACAGCUCCCUGGUCGGGUUGUCCGGUGGCGGGAUGGACCAACACACCAGCUCAGGCAAACGCAUUCGCAAGCCCUCCCUGCUGUACGAGGAUUUCGAAAGCCCCUCUCUGCCGCACACGAUGCCUCAGGGCCCCCCUGUCCCACCACAGCCCCCAGUCAAGGAUCCCAGCCGGCCAGGCCGCAUGACCAACCAGCUGCAGUACCUCCAGAAGACCCUUUUGAAGUCUCUGUGGAGGCACCACUUUGCCUGGCCUUUCCACGAACCUGUGGAUGCCUACAGGCUUAACCUACCGGAUUACCAUAAAAUCAUCAAACAACCCAUGGACAUGGGCACCAUAAAAAAACGUCUGGAGAACAACUUCUACUGCAGUGCAAGUGAGUGCAUACAGGACUUCAACACAAUGUUCACCAACUGCUACAUCUACAACAAGCCGACAGAUGACAUUGUGCUGAUGGCGCAGUCCCUGGAGAAGAUCUUUCUCCAGAAGGUGGCCCUGAUGCCCCAGGAGGAAGUUGAGCUUCCUCCUCCAGCUCCUAGAAACAAAAAUAGCAGGGGAAGAGGUCGCAAAUCUAAUGCAUCGAGGGCUCAGCAGGUGCCAGCAGUGUCGCAGUCAGCCUAUUCCCCUUCUUCCUCGGACACUGGGGAGUCCAUGCUAGCCAACUCUCCCCAGACUGUGCUGACCAAAAGCCUGCCUCCAGCCAACAUCAUGGGCCUGCCCCCUACACAGCCUACAACCAAGAAGAAAGGUGUCAAACGAAAGGCUGACACCACCACCCCGUCCACCAUGGGCUUGUCUGUGGGCAUGUCAGGUGUGGGCAUGUCUGGAGCAACACACAUGGUGGGUUUAGGGAAAGGAGGACAUGGAAGCCAAGUGCAUGACACCUCCAUGCACACAGUCUCCUCCAUGGGGGGCAUGAGCUUAGACACUCCACCUGGGAUGGGCCUUGUCCGGAGCCCUGGAGGUCCUGUCCUUCUCCAACCAAUGAUGGCCAACACUGGACGCAGAGUCGGCAGCGGACGCCCCAUCAAACCCCCCAAGAAGGACUUGCCUGAUUCUGUCCAGCCUCAGCCAUCAAAGAAGGGUAAACUUAGCCCACAGCUGAGAUACUGCAGUGGGCUGCUGAAAGACAUGUUAUCAAAGAAACAUGCUGCGUAUGCCUGGCCUUUCUACACACCUGUGGAUGCAGCUGCUCUGGGUCUUCAUGACUAUCAUGAUAUCAUCAAGUGUCCCAUGGAUCUCAGCACUAUCAAGAGGAAGAUGGACUGUCGUGAAUACAGGGAUGCUCAGCAGUUUGCUAGCGAUGUCAGACUCAUGUUCUCCAACUGCUACAAGUACAACCCGCCUGACCAUGAUGUUGUGGGCAUGGCACGGAAGCUGCAGGAUGUGUUUGAGUUUCGUUUCGCCAAGAUGCCAGACGAACCACAUAUGGAUCAUACAGCCAUGUCAAUGAGUGGCCAUCCGACAUCCUCUUCGUCCUCUUCUUCCUCCUCCUCCUCCUCAUCUUCCUCCACCUCCGAGAGUGAACCCAGCAGUGAGAGUGAAGAGAGUGAGAGCAGCCCCAGCUCAGACAGUGAGGAAGAGCGAGCACAUCGCUUGGCCGAGUUACAGGACCAGGUGUGCACACAACUCCGAGCCAUGCACGAGCAGCUGGCUGCCCUCUCCCAAGGCCCCAUCGUCAAGCCCAAGAAGAAGAAAGAGAAGAAGGACAAAAAGGAGAAGAAGAAAAAGAAGAAGCUGGAGAAGAGAAGUCGAGGUGGCAGAAGUAGAGCUGGCUCUGAGGAAUGGAAGAUGCCGGGCAAGAUACUGAAGACCAAAUCUGCCAAACCAGCUGGCUCCCAGGCAAAGAAAGGCCAGGGGAAGAAGAGUAACAAGAACAGCAAGACCACAAAGAAGCCGUUCUACUCCCCAGUGCCCACUUCCAUGCUGCCGCACUACGACUCAGAGGAAGAGGAGGAGAUCGUACCUAUGACAUAUGACGAGAAGCGCCAGCUGAGUUUAGACAUCAACAAGUUACCAGGGGAGAAGCUUGGUCGUGUGGUCCACAUCAUCCAGUCCAGGGAGCCCUCACUGAGGGACACCAAUCCAGAGGAGAUUGAGAUUGACUUUGAAACACUUAAGCCAUCGACACUGAAAGAGCUGGAGCGUUACGUCAUGACCUGUCUGAGGAAGAAGCCCCGUAAGCCUUAUGGUGAACAAGCAGCAAAGAAAGGCAGCAUUGGCAAGUCUAAAGAGGAGCUGACUCUGGAGAAGAGGAGGGAGCUGGAGAGGAGGCUGCAAGACGUCAGUGGACAACUUAAUUCUGUCAAGAAACCUACAAAACCUAAAGUGGAGAAGCCCAGUGCCGUAGAGACUCACACUCAGCCCUCACGCCUCAGUGGCAGCAGCUCCAGCUCUGACUCAUCUUCCUCGUCCUCCUCGUCCUCAUCCUCAGACACUAGCGAUUCAGACUCUGGUUGAGAUCCUUAGCACCGACUAAGAGUGAAAACACUAAUAACUCAGGGACUUGGGCUGGCCCAGGACACAACGCACCCUGAAACAGUAGUGGGCUGAGAUAUUAGACACCAUGGUAAAAAAAAACAAAAAAAAACACAAAUUUAAAGUGGACUCCUAAAAUCCUCUGAAUGUGGGACUGAGGGAUGUGAAACAAUGUCUCUGUGGAUAAUCGUAGAACCCAAACACUAAAUGCCUUGGUUCCCCCCUCCUCCCCUUUGUAAAUACUUGUACAAAUUUAUGUUUCUUUUAUAAAGAAGAAUUUUAUGGUGAUCCCCCAAAGAGGGAAACGGAGUAAUAAAGGAUGUGGAAAGACGGGCCUUACUCCAAAUCUGCUUUGGCUGGCCUUACGCUGUGUCCUCGGUGGUGAGGGAAUGGAAGAGUCUUUAUUUAUUUGUUUUCUUCACCCACAUUUCCUUAGACGUUACUGGAAUUUGAACCAGCAACCUUUUGGUCACAAGCCUUGCUUUUCUAACAUCUGUCCCUCUAUCGCUCUUAAUUUUAGACCAACUCCUAUACUCAGCCUUAAUGAUCCAGAUUGUUAAUAACAGAUUAUUUGGAAAAAUAAAGUAUUGUUAAGGAGCUCUGAGAUUCCUUGUCAUGUUCACAGGUCCAAGAGCUAUUGAGCAGUAAAUAGAAGCAAACAUAUGUUUUCUGCCAUAAUAUUCAGGUCAAAAUUUAAAGUUGGUUACAACUUGAGUUUUAGUUUUGGAUAACAUCUGUUAUGUUUACUAACACUCUUCUUCUCAGUUUUACACUGAACUUCAUAUUGUUUUACUGCCUGUAAUUCUUGUUUGUUGAAAACAAGGUGGGUUUAUACUACAGUAUAGAAAUAGCUAAAAAUACUGUAAUUACAAAGUUAGCAGUUGUCACAUAUUGAUUUUGUAUUGAUUUUUAUGGCUGCACGAUUCCCCCAAAAGCCCACCAGCCAUUUUAAGACCUAAUAGUCUUAUAAACAUGACACUAUUUGAAAUACUGUCUGUCGUCAGUAUUCUGAAAUCAUUUCUUACAGUUAAGCUUUGAUAUUGUUCUCAACAUUUCUCCUCAUCACUUCAAACAGUAGCUUAAGUGUGCAUCAGCUUCUGAAGAGCUGAACACAGGCUGUGAAUGUUUUCAGAUUACAAUGCAGGUUUCUAACUCCCACAUUCAUCUCCUCACCAUGUGAAGUAUUGCAUUACUUUUUCUUGAUAACUCGGUGAAGGUUUCUUCAAAGAAAUCUUUCGGCUGCUCUGCUCUUACUGGAACAAAUGGAGUUGACUGAGUUACCUGAAGAUAAAUAACGUGACAAGUUUACCAUAAAGACACAGGAAGUUCUCAUAGUCCAUGCAUAGUUAAAGCUGUUGUUGAAUGUUCAGUGAAAGAUAUGCUUGUAUAUACUUAAAAUGUAUUUACUGUUGCACAAACUAUUGUAUUUCUGCUGUUAAGUCAUUUUUCUUUUGGAGUUACCUUGUUUCAUGUUUUGUUUUGUUUUGUUUUGUUUUGUUUUGUUUUGUUUUGUUUUUUUUGUUUGUUUGUUUUAAAAACAUGCUGUUAUUCCUCAUUCCAGUUAACAGUCUUAGUUGUUUCCUGAAGAACAUUCACAUCAGCAUCGCUGCGUCUGGUCAAGCAGGUUGCAGCCUCUCUGAAGCGUAACUUUCAUUUGACAACUGUGUUUAUUAAAAUAUUCUCUUCUGUA